CGGUGCUUGGUGCGCGCCACCGCCCCUCGGCCCAGCUUGCUGGCCUUCCCCACCUAAGCCCUUGGGCGGUUCAGUUGGCCCCACCCCUUCUUCCUCUCCUGGCCCGGAGGCCUGGUGCGCGGGGCAGCGCAACGUUCCGCGGCCUGGCUAUUGGGGCAAGCGGUUUUGGCGCUCGAGGGUGGCACGCCAGGCGCGGGGCGCGAGGCCAGAGCUUGCUCGGCAGGGUGCGGGGGAGGGUCCGACGGAAGUCCCUAGAGGAGAGCAGGGACAGGCAGGGGGUUGCCGAGGCAAGUGAGACACUGGAGCUGAGGGAGCAUCAUGGCUGUAUUUCUGGAAGCCAAGAAUGCCCAUGCAGUCCUGAAACGGUUCCCUCGUGCCAAUGAGUUCCUGGAGGAGCUUCGUCAGGGCACCAUCGAGCGGGAGUGCAUGGAAGAGAUCUGCAGCUAUGAAGAGGUCAAGGAAGUAUUUGAGAACAAAGAAAAAACGAUGGAGUUUUGGAAGGGAUACCCAAAUGCAGUCUACUCAGUCCGAGAUCCCUCACAGAGCUCAGAUGCCAUGUAUGUGGUGGUGCCCCUUCUGGGGGUAGUCUUGCUGAUUGUCAUUGCCUUGUUCAUCAUCUGGAGGUGCCAGCUGCAGAAAGCAACUCGUCACCACCCCUCCUAUGCUCAGAACCGGUACCUAGCCAGUCGCACCGGGCACAACCUCCCCCGAGUCAUGGUAUACAGGGGCACUGUGCAUAGUCAGGGAGAGUCCUCUGUGCACCGAGAGGCAGGGAAUAACCCACAGAUAGUCCUGGGGCCCAGCCGGGGAGGCAGAACCACUGUCCGACUGGAGAGCACCCUCUACCUCCCAGAGCUCUCUCUCUCCAGACUGUCCAGCGCUACCCCUCCUCCCUCCUAUGAGGAGGUGACUGCACCCCAGGAGGGCAGCAGUGAGGAGGCCAGUGUCUCUUACAGUGACCCUCCCCCAAAGUAUGAAGAAAUUGUGGCAGCCAGCCCCAGUGCAGACAAGUAGCUGAGCACAGGCCCUGGCCUGUAUAAAAGCCUCUUCCAGAGGUAGCCUGCUUCCUUUUGGACUUCUGAAAGACUGUGCCACCACAGAACAGCCUUAGCCUCCUUGUUGCCAAAUAAUUCCCCAACAGUGGAUUUGUAGGAAGUCAGUUGGUAGAGACAGUUGGUGUGUCUGUGUGUGUCGGGGGUAGGGGUGGGGGUGGGGGGCAUAGGACAAGUACAUGAUACCCCAGGGAAAAAGCUACAGACCUGAAAGCCUGGGUCUUCCAGACUCCUACCCCACCCCCAACUAUGCCAAGUCCCCACCAUCCUGCCCUCUCUUUAGGGACUGGCUUCUCUUAUGCCAAAGGAACCAUCUCAUGGUGUUAAUUGUGGCCAGAAUGUCCACAGGCUCAUCCCUGAGGCUAUGGGUAUGUGUGGGGACCCCUGUGUUUCUGGAGACCUGGGCCACAGACAUGAGGUGGUCAAGCUGGCCCUGCAGUUUCCCCUUUCUCAACAGUUCCAUGCUUACUGUUCUCAACACAUAUUAUGAGGACAGAAAUAAGGGUUGAACUAGGAACAAAACACAAGUAAUAAAUAAUGAACCAUAGAUGAAAACAAUAGCCCUUUGAAGCCCUCCAGAAGAAAUCAAUUAAACAGACUUUGGCACAGCCUUCAUCCAACACUCAUCCCUAUGCUCCUGACAAGGAAGAAAUCUAUGUGUAGAUCAGCCUGGUAGGAGGACAGGGCAUGAGAAGGAUGAGGAAAGGGGGCUGGGUGGCAGAGCUCCUUCUUCCAGACCAAUCAAGGGGCCCACUUGAACUCUGCCAUCUUGUUUCUGAUGUGUACCAGCUGUGCUAAAAACCAGUCCACACUGGCAUAACCCAUAUGUAACCUUAGAGUACUCUGUACGUGGGAAACUGAUGUCCCCUUCCCCCAUGGAGCCCAGGCCCUCUCCCUGGUUGUUACAGACUGGCACAGAAAGCUCAAGAUUCCACUUUUGUGGGGUUGAUAAAUCCAUAGAAUAGUUAAAACCAUGAGCUCCACCUCCUUGGCACUGUGCUGUCUGGCUUUGAAGUUUUAGGAUACUUCCUUUUUUUUUUGUAAAUAGGUGCAUUGAACUUGAACUUUAGAUUGUGAUUUCUCCUAAUGAUGGUGCCCAUACAGGGAGAAGUUCCUGAAGUGUCUCUUAAAAAUUUUCUUAGUAGGAAAGCCCGUGACCUGGGGUCUAAAGCCCACCUGGGGUUUGCUCUGCCACAGCCAGGUGCUGAUCUGUUUUCAGUGAGGCUUUGGAAGAUGUUGGGCAGAGGUGACUUGCUCUUUAACUGUCAAUGAUGAAGUAAAAGACACUGUUGAUACCAUCUCUACCCGCUCCAGUCUAUUCUCCUGGUCUCUGUGCCAAAUCAUUUUUUCCUCUGUGGUGCUUUAAAAAAUGUAGCACAUUUUUGUGGGACCCAAAAAGAGUGCGUAGCGUGGGUCUGUUGGCAACUGCAAUGGUUUCCAACCCACAGUGUUGACAAGGUUCCUUCUGUCUAAGCAGCUCUCCAAGGCAGACACUGAAACACGUUCCUUGAAUGCAGCCCUACCUUGAGGCCCCAGAUAACUUCUAGAGGCUGUUCCAGUGAAGGGGACUUUCCUGGGGGUGUGUUUCUAGUCACGGUUAUGCUCUUACCCCAGUGAGGCUGCCAGCUUGUAAUAACUCCACCCUGUGGUUCCCCUACCUCGUAGGCCCAUUGGAGGCUGAUGGAGCUAAUGCUGGUGAAGUGCUUGAAGCACCUUGGAACCAGUGAAGUUUGCCCUUAGCAGGAUCAGGAUUCUUUUAGAAAUAGGUAUUAGCUGUAAGGGACUGGUUUUAGUUGAGGGCUUCAAAUGCCUCUGAUGUUGAGUGUCAAUCUGAGGAGUCAGUCUCGUUCCAUUUGAUCCUUUAUGGGACUUCCUCUCUCCCCAGUUUCCUGACACCAGAAAUGCUGCCUAGAUGGCAUUCCUCCCUCUGUCCCUCCAUUUUGAACUUCUUCCCUCCCUCCCUCCCUCCCUCCCUGAUUUCUUUCCUUCAUGCCUUCCCUCUUCCCUUUUCUUUCCUUCCAUUUUUCUUUUUAUUCUUUCUCUCCAUUGGUCUUCUAGUAUUGCGCUCUGGCCCUUCCUAAUGAAGGGAUUUGGGGCUCCGAAGCCUCCUGCUUUUUCCAUGAUGGAGAUUGGGAUCAACCUCAUUUAGACAUGACAGAGAUCCUGGGGAAGCUGGAAGCUCUGGGUCAGCCCAGCCUCUCCAAGCAUUUUAUUAAGCUGGUGCCUGAUUGUGGCCUGGGAUAUAUGAAAAAAGACUUACCCCAAUGUGACUCCUCCCCCAGCUAGCAGAGAGUCAGGCAUAGGCUCCACUGACCAGAGCCACAGAGAGUAUGCCAAGGGAUGCCCACUGCCUUUGGCAUGUGUUGAGAUUUUUCUGUUGAGCUGCCUGGCAGCUAGAGGCUAGGGAUACAUGGGUAAGAGCAGAAAACCUACUCCCAAGGCCUGUUGAGGGUGAUAUAUAGCCCCAGGAGCUGAGGACCAGAUGUAGGGUGAAUGAGAAGCAGCUCCUUGCAUGUGGCCUGUGGACUCUGGGUCAGGUGCUUCACAGAGCUCUCCAGGUGACUUGUGCCAAGGCCUCUGCAAUGGUUUUUCACAGCAUAGUGUUUAGUAUAUAUAAUGGGCAUAAUUCCUCAAGGUGCACAUUUGGCUUUAUGAAUGCCCUGUACAUAUCUUUUCAAACUGUCUUUCUAUAGACAUUGAUUUGAUACAAUGCUAACAAUUCAGUAGUCACAUCUGUAUUUGUUUGAGACUUGUGUGUGUGUGCGUGUGUAUACAUGUAGGCAUGUUGUCUUUUCUCAUUGCUUCUGUGAAAUGUUAGCUGGUGUGUAGUUUUAUUUUCCCAAGAGGGAUCUGCUCUGAAGGGAAAACUGUCAUCAUCUUGUGGGGCCCGCACUCUAUGGGACCCCCUCCCACUCACAUGCCUAUUCUGUAGGUGUCAGCAGCUGAAGGAAAUCUGAGAACUCCUGAGUGUGUGUGUGUGUGUGUGUGUGUGUGUGUGUGUGUGUGUGUGUGUAUGUGUGUGUGUGUGUGAGAGAGAGAGAGAGAGAGAGAGAGAGAGAGAGAGAGAGAGAGAGAGAGAGAGAGAAGGGGGAAGGAGAGAAUGAAUGAGUGUGUGUGUGAGAGAGGUGGGGGUGGGAAGGAGAGAGAAUGAAUGUGUGUGUGUAGGGGGAAGGAGAAAGAAUAAAUGAGUGUGUGUGUGUGUGUGUGUGUGUGUGUGUGUGUGUGUGUGUGUGUGUGUGACUAUUGACUUUCAGAAUGGUGGAGUUAGUUACUUAGAUAUUUUUCUCUAAAAAUGAAAAGGCUUUAAAAAUUUCCUUAAAAUAUGGCUGUCACUUGUUUUCAACCAAAACCUUUUUAAGACGUUUUCAACAAUAACGGCAGCCCUGUUAGUCCCCUCCCAGACUGCCCAUCACUUUGGGUUUUCAAAAUGAAAGCACAAAAGAAAGAGUGGGGCGCACAGUUGCCUGGCAUACCCGUGUACAGCUGUGUUGUGCCUUGGCUGAUUACAGAGGCGUGAUCCCAAGCAGUUGGACCUGGGAAACUGAGGCCUCCUCUGCUAGUUGCCAAUCCCACUGCCAUUAGUGUGAAUUCCUUAGGGUGCUCCAGCAAACAAGCAUCUCCCAAUUGUUUGGACAUUGUCUUGUUGGUAGUCCAAACAUUAGGGAUUAGAGACAGCAGUGUUUUCUGUUUAAGCAGUUCCAGACAGAUGCUUCCCCUCUCCCAGUGGAUGGCAACUCCCCAGAUCCCAGUCAGAGUUGAUGGAUAUUUUGACAACCAAAUGGUACCCCAUAAGAAAACUAAGAAAAAAAAAACCCCAACAUUUCCACUAGAUUGUCUUUUAAUUCAAGUGAGAGAAAAAUGGCAGAGACAGGCUGGGAGUUCCCAGGAAUGUGUCUUUUUAGAACAGUGUGUGUGCUCUGACUGUGUGUUUGCUCACAGUCAAGCCUGAGCUGCUGGGCUGGACUGCUUUUCAGCUUUUCAAGUGCUGAAGCUCCAUUUCCAGGCGUCGCUCAUUCUGGAACAAUCACAUCUCCCCCACUAAAGUCUCCUAAUACUAAUCAGUAUAAUUAGCUAAUUUUAGACUGCUGUAAUCACACUGCUUCCAACUACAGUAAAAGCCCAUUAAUUUGAGCCCACUAAUUCAGAACUUAGAGGAAAUCCAAAUUGAAGAUAAUUCACAGAAACCACUAUUCUUGUUACAUAAAAAUAUUUGAAAGCAUCUUCCCUUCAGUCAGUCUUCUGGGGCUUCUUUGUGAAAGGAAUUUGGUUUAAAAUGGGUACCUUUUUCAAAGGAAAAGCUUGAGGUGCCAAGGAUCCCUUCAUUGUGCCUUCAGCUUGGAGUUUAGCACUUCUUGUGUGUAAGGCUGUUUCUGUGCAGGGUGAUCUCUUGUUCUCUCUUCAUUGUGGGGAUGCUAGAUAUUGCAGCCUUUCACUCUGUGUCUGUAUUUACCCUGUGAAUAACAUAGUUUGUGAUCUUGACUGCAAUUUCAACACCAGUUCAUGUUUUUCUAAGUGUUCUUUAAAGCAGAUGUUGCACUAGCAGACUGCCUGCUCUCAUUCACCCCUAAGUCUUCAAACUUUGGAGCUUCUCCUUUCCCAGGCCGUGGAAGGCAAAUUUCUCUCUCUCUCUCAACAAGAAUUUCUCUGACAAAAAUCUCCAAACAGCACCCCCCCUCAGCUUAAUGUCUCAACAGUUGUUUUAUUGUACUGCUAUCUGACCUCUGAACGUGCCUGCCCUUCUCCAGCUCCCAGUGAGCGUUAAGACUGAUAUCUAGGAUUGGGACCAACCCUCCAGCUGCUUUUUGCCUCCCAACCUGUCUUGCCUCACUGAUACCACUUUCCCAGGCCUGAAUCCACCUGCUAUUUCACUCUGUCAUUGUGAAUUUGUGACAGUGGCAACCCUGAUAUGUGCAACUGAGCUUAUAGAAAUGAUUGCUGUGAAAUGGAUUAAUUUUGGUACCAUUUGAAACUGUGCUUGUAUUCAUGUGUUGACCAGUGUCAGCUGGGACAUCUGUAUAUUCAGUCAUACGUUGGGAUUUCAAAUGGAGCCUGGGGGCAACAAACCAACUUGCUCUGACCUUUCUCAUGCACGCUCUCUGGCUCCCUUUUUACAAUUGUUAAAUUUAGCUGUUAACUUUUGUGUCUUUCUGUAUAAGAAAACAGUGAGUAAAAAUAAAGAACAAAUGGCAUCCA